AUGCAUUUCUCUUCCAAGUCUCUUCUUUUAUUCCUCGGCAGUAACUUGCUGGCCGCCAAUGCUGCCCCUGUCAGCUCUUCCACUACCGGAAGUACCACUACCACCGCACCUGCAGGCUAUGGUGACUAUGGAAACUACGGCAACUACGGCUCGUAUGGCUCCUACAAGCGGGACUCCGUUCCCCAGGAGCCCAAGAAGGAGACCACUACCUCUAGUGCAACUGCUACAGCGACCUCAGGGCCCGGUGACUAUGGCAACUAUGGCAACUACGGAAACUACGGUACUUAUCAAAACUAUCAGCUGAGCAAACGUGGCGAUAAGGACGAGGAGCCAAAACCUGCCUCGACGACGUCGUCCACCACGGCUCCCACAUCGACCAGUCCUGCAGAAUAUGGAAGCUAUGGUGACUACGGAAACUAUGGCCAGUAUGGCUCGUAUGGCUCCUAUAAGAGGGACGUUGAGCCAGAUAAGAAGGAAGAAACUUCCCAGACUACUACUACCACAAAAGCGACCCCUACCAGCCCGGCCGAGUAUGGAAGCUACGGUGAUUAUGGCAACUAUGGCCAGUAUGGAUCAUACGGCUCAUACAAGAGGGAUGUUCCAGAGGAUAAGAAAGAGCCUUCCACUGUAACGUCUACUGUAAAGCCGACUUCGACUGGUCCCGCUGACUAUGGAAACUACGGCAACUAUGGGAACUACGGAAACUACCAGUCUUAUUAA